GGAGAACAUGGAUCUAGAUCAGCUGGAUUCCUCCCAGAGGACACAUGGGAACCCACAAAGUGACGACCCAGUUCAGACCUCAGACCAUCAGAUCCAGGACCCGGAGCAGGACCCGGUGCUGGUUUGGGCUCCCAGUGGGAGGCGUCUGAUCUCUGGUCUGCUGGGUCUGAACGUGGUGCUGCUGGGAGCGGCCCUGGUGGCAGGACAGGCUUUUAACCCCGACGGCCUGAAGCACCAGGAGCCCCAGGUGUUCAUGCUGCUGCUGAUGGGGGUCAGUCUGGUUUGGAUGCUGUGGUACCUGCUGUGGGCCAGGAAGCAGCCCGGCAUCUGCCCACAUAAAGACCACCACGCCGGGGGAAUCACUGUCACUGUCGUCCUCAUGCUGUUUGCUGCGUUCAGUCUGCUGCUGUUUGUCUUCAGGGCUGGUUAUUUGAUCAGCAUGAGGGAGUGUAAACCUGCUGCCACAGUUCUCUCUCCAUUCAUCGAGGGCUCCUUUCUCCUGCUACAGACGUAUUUACUGUGGGCUCACUCCAAAGACUGCAUCCACCGACACAAGAUCAUCACCAGGUCGGGGUUGAUGAUGAUCCUGUCGGCCAACCUGCUGCUGUGGCUGAACGCAGUGACGGAGGACACCAUCCACGAGGAGAUCGAGAUAGAAAAAGAAGACGGGCUUUAUUUCGGCAACACGAGCUCAUCUGAAGGAGACGUGUCUGAUGCAGCAGGAAUUCUAAAUUCGACCUUCUGUCAGUGCACUGCGAGCGCAGCCUGCCUCACCUUCAGGAAAGGCUUUGAAAUCCUGUUUCCCUUCAGCAUGGAGUACUACCUGAUGGCAGGCUGCAUGAUCUAUGUGAUGUGGAAGAACGUGGGCCGCAGGAUGAGUCCAGGUCCCCACCACGUCGCUCAGAAGCUGACCUUUCGUGUCGUCUAUCAAGGUGGGGUCAUAUGCGGCCUUGUGUUUGGCAUCCUGGUGCUCAUAGCGGGAGUGGCCGUCUUCAUUUUCUACCAGGUCUGGGUGGGCCAGCAGCAGCUCCGCCUCACCGCCUUCCACAUAUUUUACGGCUACCAUUUAGCCGUGAUGCCCAUCAUGUCUCUGUGCUCGCUGGCCGGGAUGCUGGUCCACAGACUGGAGAUGAGGGCGAAUGAAUCGGGACACAACCCGACUCGCAGCCUGGAUGUGCUCCUCCUGCUCGCAGCAGCUCUGGGCCAGCUCGCCCUCUCCUACUUCUCCCUGGUGGCGGCCCUGGCUUUAGGGACCGACAGCCCUCUGGGGGACCUCGACCUGUCCUACUCCCUCCUCAGCCUGCUGGAGCUCAUCCUCCAGAACAUCUUCAUCAUCGAAGGCCUCCACAGGCACCCCAACCUCCUCGCCAAGAAGAAAGACAGGCAGCGGAGCAGCAUAUUCAAGCCCAAGAAAAAGGUUGCUGCGCCGAUACAAGAGGAGAGGAAGACGGAUAUUUCACUGCUGGAGGGGAACACGUCAGCUGCUGCUCAAGAGCAUGAUGGGAAAAAACCCUGGACCAAGAGAGUGAUACAAGAAAUCUGUGCUUUCCUCAUUCUCGCCAACAUUAUGCUGUGGGUCAUCCCUGCGUUUGGAGUCCACCCCCAGUUUGAGAACGGCCUCGGGAAACAGUUUUUCGGCUUCUCCGUCUGGUUCGUUCUGGUGAACUUGAGUCAGCCGCUCAGCGUUUUCUACAGGAUGCACUCUGUGGGAGCUUUAAUGGAGCUGCUCAUCUCCGCGUGA